GAACUGCAUCCUAUUUCGAGCCGUCUGAACCCGAAUUUCGAGUCAGAAACGAUUUUGCGUCGAUCUCAAAGCCUAGCAUUUCUUUCCUUAAUUUAGUUACAUUGUCCGGAGCCCUGGACAAUGAUUUUACGUUUACUUGUUCUACCAGUUUUAGUUCUUUGGACUCAAAUACUCGCUGAAGAUGAAAACCCCGUCCGCGAGACUAAACGCGACACGGGCUCCGCUACCGCAAACAUCACUGCCACCUUUAAACCCUCAUCAAGCAAUAUGACCGCGAACAACACCGUCGGGUAUAACCAUAAUCUCGGCGUGAACCCGUCCAUGAUCCAGAGGGCCCUGUUUGUUCUUAUCGGGAUCACAAUCAUCGGAGUCCUUUACUUCCUCAUUAGAGCAGUGCGUCUAAAGAAAUCAACGGUUCAGAGGAAGAAGUACGGACUGCUGUCUAAUUCAGACGACACGAUGGAGAUGGCGCCUCUCGAGAGCGAUGAGGAGGAGGACAUGACUGUUUACGAGGCCAGAAGUUUGACGAGAUGAGUCCUGACUUUCUGGAGGAACCCUGGUCAUUGAAUGACGACAUGCCUAUAUCUUGUGUCUCGACGCUGGUCAGCUUUUCUUUUUUUUUUUUUUAAUUUAUUUUGGGUUUUUUUUACUUUUUCAUUCCAAACAAGCAGGAGAACUCCUGUAAUUUGUCAGCAAUAAAUUGUAGUUGUGUAUGUGUGUGUGGUUGGACAGGCGUGUGGUGUGUG